CGGGACGAGCCCGCCGACAGCAGAGGGACGACACCGCCUGGCAUACUCGCCCUCGACGAUACCCGCUGCACCCACAGCAUCUGCACACCGCACACGCCGAGUUUCCCAGCGACUCCCUGCCUGGCCGCUCCGCCCGCUGAUAGGCGCGCCCGUCUCCGCACAUGUCGAGACGAGCCCAAUAGCACCGCACCGCCUCGCAGCCGCGCUUGUGCAGCACGACCACACACCACGGCGCUCACAGCGGGCCUGCUGAGCUGCACCGACCUCCACCAUGCUGAGCGCCUCCGACUCGUCGCGCCGGCGCAGGAAGGAAUCCGAGGGCGAGCGCCGCAGCCCCAAGAGCAAGGACCGCGACCGCGACAAGGACAAGGACAAGGACCGCGAGCGCCACCGCAGCAGCAAGACGCGGCCGUCGGGCAGCUCCCGCAAGCCCCGCUCCAGCGCCAGCACCGGCGCCAGCAAGGAGGACGUCACCGAGCUGGCCGACCGCCCGCCCAAAGAGCGCACCCGCACCUCGUCGACGUCGGCGCCCAAGCCGCUGAAGAUGGGCGUCGUGCCCGAGAUGGAGCGCCGCAGCUCCAUGGGCAUGAGCUCGCUGAACGGCUCGCGCACCAGCCUGGGCUACCCCACCCUGUCCAAGACGCACGCGAAGGAGAACAUCUACAAGCGUGAGGAGCCGCCGGCCACGCCUGAGCCCACCGACGGCGGCGACGACCACAAGAACACGUCGCCCCCCGCGCCCACUCGAGCGCCGCCCAGUCCGCCGCUCGCCGCUACCAAUGGCGCUGACCUGCGCAAGACGGCCAGCAGGAACAGCAUGCGGAGGAACGUCGAUGAGCUACACAAGGAGAUGGCAUCAGGCAGACAGAGCGUCGACAGCGGCACCCGCCUGACGCCUGAUCCCCGGGCCGGCGCCGCGUCUCGCUCGAGCAUCAGAGAUGCCGACAUCGACAGCACCGAGUUCACUUCCACGACGAGCAGCCACCCCAGCACCGUGCGCGCAAAGUCUCCAAGAGCAGCCCCCACAAGAGCGCCCCCACCACCGCCAAAAGCACCGCCGCCGAGGACGAAGACAGCCAGCCCCUCGAACGCGAGGCCGCCAGGAAGAGCGCCGUCGACGACCGUCAGAGCGCGUUCCCAGCAAUCCUCGGAAGUCACGCAGUCGACAGGUUCCGAAUUCACAUCGAUCCCACCGGAACGCCAGCCAUCCCGCAGAGUGGACCAUUCACCCACCAAUUCUGAAGUGUCGCCCGACUCUGUGGUAGAUUCCUCACCACGGACGCCGACCCAACACUCAGUCCUGCCGACCCCCUUCUCAGCGAAGCAAGCACCCCCAAGACCUACAGUUGAAAUCAUCACCGACCCCCUCUCUCGUGCGCAAUCAGCAGACUCGUAUAAUGAGUCUCCUCUUACGCCACCUCCUCCACCACCACCGCCUGCUCUCAUGGACCCGCCACGAGUGGAUUACUUGCUGCAGAAUGGAGGCCUGAAGCAGCCAGUUCCCAGAACGCUACUCGCUGCAAUGGACGGCACACCAGUACCUGCAUAUUCUCAGUACAUGUCGCCCCGCAUAUCCGGUCCGCAGACACACGAUGCUCACACCUUCUUCAAUCCCCUGAAAAAGCUGCUCAAUGAUUACAAUGCAGUCAUGGACACCAGCGGUUCGUUGGCGGUCGCCACCGGGUAUCGCUCUGUGGCACGCCGUCUGCUCGACCGGCUCGAAGCAGUAUUCGCACGCAACAUAUCAUCUGAGCAAUGCCCGUGCAUCAUGUGCUUGGAUGUACCUCUGCACGAAGACCAAGCUGGAGUAAACUGGGGCGAGAUUCUCGAGCUGGUAUCCGGACGAUGCGACCUUCCUUCAUGGCCUCCCGUCGAUACAGCACAACCAAACGGUCUGGGAAUCGCUGACCUCGAACCGCCCUGCCAACGCAUCGAUGUCGACGUCCCGGAGCAGUACAAAGAACACUAUCAGCAGCAAGCCCGCAAAACCAAAGUCUCAGUCCAGUCCUGGCUCUCCAACAACCAAGACGCCAUCCCCGAAGACGCCGACGACGAAACCCUCACCUUCGCCAUGCUCACGCGCCUCGAGCAGCAGCAGCGCCCACUGUUUUACGCCGUCCUCUGGGGCAUGGACACCAUGCCGCACCCACGCACGGCCAAAGAUGCCCGCCCCACGCCGCCCUAUAUCACGAAGGCUGCGCUCGCGCUGCAGAGACUGUACAGGCUGUACCAACCGCCCCGCGACCAGCUCGUCACUAUGUAUAUGCUGCGCAACCCGGACAUGCACAACACCCUCGCCACCCUCGCCGCAGUCACCAAACACGAGUGGGAAAUCCUCGUCUCCGGCCGCUUCGAUGGCUUCCUCUGGUCGGGCGCCGAGCCCUCGCCCAACGCCUCGCGCACGCCCUCAGGCGAAGUCCCUACGCUCGGUGGCCCGCAGCGCUUUGCCUCCCCGUUCGGCGCGCCCAUGAUGAGUCCCCGCCCGGGUUCCGCGAGACCAGGUAGCGUCCGACCCGGAAGCGGCGGCCCCGCCCCUGUGCAAAUCGACGAAGAAACCGAGAUCGCUGUCCUCGCCGAAGUCGAGCGCGAAAUCUACCUCGGCAUGGAGGCCAUGGAAGAUGCUUUCGAGGCGCUGCACGUCGCGGCCGAGAACGUGCGGCGCAGGCUGCGGGAGCGUGGGGCAGCACUCAGCAUGGUUGCGCAAGCUCGCAGGCCGGCGGAUAUUGAGGUGCGGAUGGGGACGCCGGCGAGUGUUGUGGGAGAGGAGGGCUGGGGGGACGGAGAUGGGAGGAGCGAGAUCGGGCCGGACGAUUCAGCGAGUAAUGUCAGUCAUAAUCGGAGGCGGAGGGGGCACAGGGAGAGGAUGAGGGUCAGGACGCCGGCGGUUGUGGAGGAGGAUGAGGGGAGUAGUAUCGCCGAGAGGGUGAGGAGGAAGUACUGAACGAAACGCAAAAAUUGAGGGAUGGGGGAGAGGGACAUGAGGAUGGGAUUGAAGGGAACAGGAGGAUGGAUUUCAGCGACUAACGAGUAUAUGAUAACCUGCUUGUCUGGGCUUUGUUUUGGCUUUUCUCGCUGGACGAUUAGUUGAGGAGUAUGGAUACCCACUUUUUUCUUGUUCCUUUCGAAAGCCCGUGUUAUGUCGUUAUAUGUAGU